CUACUACGGGCCAGCCUUCGGCAACAGUCACGGCUGUCGCUUCAGCACAUCAUCAUAUUUCGACUUCUUGGGGCACGACUGAUUCUCAUUCGGCUGAGCACGAGCAAAAGCAUGAUCCAUUGAAACUUCAAACUAAAAUUCGAUUAGCUUUCCGACACUGGUUGCCACGUAUUCAACGCACCGGAUUAGAGACGGACCGCGAUUGGAAAGCUGCUUGUGGUUCAGUUUUGAGCCUAUUGUCACUCGAGAACUUCGACACGACUACAUUCUCCUUUUCGGAACAGCAAAAGAGGGCC